AUGGAGGAUUCGUGGUGGAGCCUGCCAGACAAGGUACGAAUGGAGAAUAUCUCGGUAUUGGGCGAAGACGUAGAAGUUGUGGACGAGAUGUACGUCAACGGUGGCCGAGUGCUUCCUCACAAGCAAAUUAAAGACUGUGUCACGGAGCCACAGAUUAUUAUGUGA